GGGCAGUGUGUAUAUGUGCGUGAGAGCGCUAGAGAGGAAGAGUGCAGGCAGAGCUCCAUCCACAGCCUCGCUGUACCGGACUGUCAUCCUCCGCUACGUCUCCGCUCUGGUCGCUGUCUCUUUUUUUAAAAUUUUUCAUCCGGUUUUACAUUCGGCGGAUGUAGCAUGGAGGCGAUUUGAGACGCACCGCCGAGCCGUCAGCAGUUUCACUUGCUCCAAAGAACCGACUCCCUUGACGCGCGUCCGGCUGAAGUCAGAAUAAUGAUGGAGUACUGGAGGCAAUGCGCGCUGUGGUUAAUAAACUGCAAGGUGCUUCCCGCUAACCACCGGGUUACGUGGGAGUCUGCACAGGUAUUUGACCUGGCCCAGACGCUGCGGGACGGAGUGCUCCUCUGCCAUCUGCUCAACAACCUGAGACCCCAGUGCAUCAACCUCAAGGAGAUCAACCUCCGACCGCAAAUGUCACAGUUUCUGUGCCUGAAGAACAUCAGGACGUUCCUGGUGGCGUGCAGCGACGUAUUCGGCAUGAAGAAGAGCGAGCUGUUCGAGGCCUUUGACCUUUUUGACGUCAGAGACUUUGGAAAGGUUAUGGACUCGCUCUCGAAACUUUCCCACACAGCGAUUGCACAACAAACAGGAAUCAGGCCCUAUCCAUCAGAAGAGAGUGUUGAAGAUGAGGACAUCUACAACCACCUGGAGGACCUUAUAGACGAGAACGGGGUGGAGGACGAGGAGGAUCUGUAUGACUGCGUGUAUGAUGAUGAAGAUGGAGGGGAGAUCUAUGAGGACCUUAUGAAGACAGAAGCCAUCCCUCCCCCGGCGUUCCAGAAGCAAGCAGAGACUGACAUCAGGAGUUGCUGUUUGACAGAGAUCAAGCAGACAGAGGAGAAGUACACUGAGACUCUGGAGUCUAUAGAGAAGCACUUUAUGACGCCCCUGACCAUGUUUCUAUCCAUGGCCGAGAUGGAAAAGGUGUUUGUGAAUAUUCCGGACCUAGUUAAAGUUCACAAAUGUUUACUGGUAGAAAUCCUAGAGUCCAUCCACCACAGGAGUGCCCAGAACCUUUUCCAGAUCUUCAUCACUUUCAAAGAGAGGUUGCUGAUCUAUGGUAAGUACUGCAGCCACGUGGAAACCGCCAUCGCCAGUCUGGAUGACAUCUGCAAAGACAGAGAGGACGUACGCAUGAAGCUAGAGGAAUGUUCAAAGAGAGCUAACUACGGAAAGUUCACCCUGAGGGAUCUGCUGGUUGUUCCUAUGCAGCGAGUCUUGAAGUAUCACCUCCUCCUGCAGGAGCUGGUGAAACACACUCAUGAUGCCACAGACAAGAGUAAUCUGCGGACGGCAUUGGAUGCCAUGAAGGACUUGGCUCAGUACGUCAACGAAGUCAAGCGAGACAAUGAGACGUUGCGAGAAAUCGAUCAGUAUCAGAAAUCCAUCGAAAACCUGAAUCAGCCCCUGAGUAACUACGGCAGACCUAAAGGGGACGGGGAGGUACGCGUGGCCACGGUGGACAAACGAGCUAAACAGGACAGGCACAUCUUCCUGUUCGAUGCCGCCGUGAUUGUUUGUAAGCGGCGAGGAGACAACUACGAGAUGAAAGAAGUGAUCGACUUGCACCUCUUCAAGAUCACCAACAACCCCACAUCAGACAAGGAGAAUCGAAAGUGGUCCUACGGAUUCUACCUCACCCAUAAACAGGGCCAGAGCGGCUUCGAAUUCUUCUUCAAGACCAAAGAGCUGAAAAAGAAGUGGCUGGAUCAGUUUGGCAUGGCCAUAUCCAACAUCCAUCCUGAGAAUGCCACCAGCAACUUCCACGAGUUUCACAUGCACACCUUUGAAAUGAUCACCUCCUGCAACUCUUGCCACAUGCUGCUGAGGGGCGUCUUCAACCAGGGCUACCUGUGCUCCAAGUGUGGCUUAGGUGCCCAUAAAGAGUGCCUGGGCCGCUUUGGCAGCUGUGGAAAAACAGAUCCAGGCUCCGGCAGACCUCAGGGCAAAGAUCGAGAUGCAGGUCGGCCCAAGAUGCUGGUAAUCAGGAACUACUUUGGUGUGCCGAGCCCUACAUCUGGUCCACCGCUCAGCAUCCAAACGGGUGACAUCAUCGAAUUAAUCUGCGCCGACAUUCACAGCCCCUGGUGGCAGGGCAAAAUCCUGACGACGAAGGAGGUGGGCUUCUUUCCGAGCGACGCCGUGAAGCCUUGCCCGUGUGUCCCAAAGCCCAUCGACUACUCCUCCCAAACGUGGUUCGCGGGGCCGAUGGAGAGGCUGCAGGCGGAGGCGGAGCUCGUCAACAGGGUCAACAGCACCUACCUGGUCCGCCACCGAAGCAGAGAGUACACCGAGUAUGCCAUCAGCAUAAAGUACAACAACGACGUGAAGCACAUAAAGAUCCUGACAAAGGACGGCUGCUUCUACAUCGCAGAGAACAAGAAGUUCAGGAGCAUAUUAGAGCUGAUUGAGUACUACAAACACCACUCGUUGAGAGAAGGUUUUAGGAGUCUGGACACCACACUGAAGUUUCCUUACCAGGAGCCGGAGAACGCCGAUGUGCACCGCCUCAACCGAUCGGGUAGCACCACCCCAUUGCUCUGCGGCUUCUCUUUUGUAACUCCCGCCGGCUACAGCUUUGUACCUCCUUCCUCUGCUCCCUUCUGGUCAGUGUUUACUCCCAAAGUGAUCGGGGUGGCCAUCGCGCGCUACGACUUCAGCUCACGAGACACCCGGGAGCUCUCGCUGCAGGAGGGCGACGUGGUGAAGAUCUACACAAAGUCCGGGGCCAACGGUUGGUGGAGGGGCGAGGUCAACAGCAGGGUCGGCUGGUUCCCCUCCACAUACGUAGAGGAGGGUGAGGAGUGAAAGGUUCCACGUCUGUAGAAGAUAACGCCAAAGGAAGAGCGGCAGCAGUGGGCCACGCGAACUGAACGUGACAGCAAGGGAACAGAGGGGGCUCCUGCGCGCGGAGCGGGGCGGCCCCUCGCUCCCCUCCCUCCGUGGGGUCCUGCUGCCCACGACCGUCCCAGAGGCCUUUGGGAGGGCAGAGAAAAAAAAAGAGAAAAGCGAAAAAAAAGGCAGCAGUGCGUUGCAGAUGCAAAGACGCCCCCGUGGUUCGUGGCUGCCUCUCUGUGGCUAAGUGACUCCAGCGAGCAGCAGCUUGCCUGUCAGCGGGGCUCGAGCCCUCGCCAGACAUGGCCUCCUCCCCCCCUCCCUCCAGCAUCAUCCCUCCAUCCAUAAUUCACCUUGCACUCCCUUCCUCUCUGCACCCAGACGCCUCCCCCAAACUCCCACCUGUUUCUGCUAGCCAAGUCUGCCGUCGCCGGUGUGUCAAAAGUGGCUUCUCAGAUGUCACUCCUCCAUUCAUGCCAUGGCCCAUCUGUCCAUCCAUCCAUCCUCCCCACCGCCCCCUGUGAGAAUAGAGUCAUCUGAGCUGGAAAAGACCAACACUUUUUUUUUUUCUUUCAUCCCCUUCUCUCUCUGGAGGGAUUUCAGUUAGUUUUGACCUUGCCUCUGUGUUGCAUCCACUAAUGCAGGUGGUUAUUGAUGACUUGAUGCCCCAGAUUCACACACACACACACACACACCACCCACCUCUCGUCCCUCUUCAGAUUAGGAUCACCUCACACGUCUCUUACAGGAGAUGGAGGAGAGCGAUGGCAUCGGAUAGCAUCGCUGAGCAGUGCCAGCAAUUGAUCGCUGUUGUUCCUAUUUUCCUCCCGCCUUCUACAUUCUUUAUCUGCAGCCCGGCCUCUCAUGUUUUGAGCUGUCUUGGCCGUUAGCGAUCCCCGCCCCCCCCCCCCCCCCCCCGCUCUUAUCUGUGGCAGCUCCGUCGACAGGAGCCCAUUCGCCGAGGGUUUAUCUUAUCGGGGGCAUUAGCGGCUUGUCGGGGAACAAGACUCACUACCUAGAAGCCACGUGUCCCCUUAACGCAGAAAGAAAAGAAGUCCUGCUUUGGGUCUUAAGCAGUAAUUGAUAUUUUCGCUGGGUUUUUCCACAUUUUAGAGUACAGAGAACACUUGAAAUUUGGAGGAAAUAUUUUGUCAAGAAAACAUUUCAUUUAAAAAAUGUAUUCAUGCACACACACACACACACACACACACAAAGCAGAAACCUUUGUCCUCCAUUCAUUCCUUACUGUCCUCCCUUUCACCCCAUGUAUACAUGCAUACAUCUGCACACUGUCUGUUUACUCUCCAGUGAAAGAGGAUUUCCCAACAUUUGAGAAAAUAGAAUAAAAAGGCUGUGUAUACAAGAUCAAGUUUAGUGUCUGGAGGUGAGACCAGAAAACCCCCAGCAUUUGGCUCUAUGGAGUAAUACUUUUAUGAAAAAAACGAUUAUACUGCCUGGCCGAGAUGAGGCGGAGACAAAAAGAAAACCCCAUUUUUAUGCUCACACAAUGCGCAGAAGGCUGGCAAAGACUUUGAUCUAGUCCUUUAACGUCUUUCUUCAUUCAAAGCUGUUCUUUGGCUGUAUUUCUCAUGUUCCCCCUCGCUCCGUAAAUACCUUCACAUAGGCCUAAGCAUAGAAUUGUUUGAAAAGCAUCCAUCUCUUUUCUGCACAGCAAAACGAAUAAUGCAUUGUACAGACGAAAUGUCUGUCACAGGAACACACAUUCCCUAAGAGGCAGUGAACACAUGUAUCAGACAUUGAAUGAGGCCAGACCUAUCAGAGUGGAUGGGGAAGUAUAACUAUGUGGUUAAAUUGUAGAUUCUGCCUCUGUAGAUACAGCCAUCGGGCCAUUGCUUCCUUUCAUAGCUUUCUUCCUGUCAUGUCUUCAUUGUGUCCAUGCCAUUGGGAGUAUAAGUAUGCAUUUUUUGUCAAGAUAUAUGCUUUUAUAUGCGCUUAAUGGAGCCAUUAUGUUUGAAACUGGCUAACAACCCCCUGAAAGCCCUGCCACUCCCAAGACAUUCUGAUUUGUAUGACAAUAGAUAUUUUGUUCUCAGCCAUAUUGUUUAAUACUGGACUGAAGAAAAGUGUCAAAAAGAGUCCCAUUAAUGUGUUUCUGCAUUGGGACGUCCCUCUGUUUCCAAACGAUUAAACAGUGUCAUUGAGUGACCACUAGAUGGAAGCAUCCUAAACACAUCACCUCCUCUCCAAGCCAGUCACCUUCAACUCGCCAAAGUUUAGAGAUGACAUCAUCUGAUUAGGAGGCCAAACGUAUUCGAGGAAGCAUCGAGCAUCAGCCUCCUAUUUGUAGCUCUGAAUGCGAACAAAGAGGUCUCAUAGACAAAAUUCUCCCGGACGUUAACACAUUCCCUGAGUCUCUCAAAAUAUCCCGACAUUCCAGGAACCUUUCGUCUGGUAUUAUUCCCGAGGAUGACAUUUCCCCUCUCCUCCUGCUUCCGAAAAUGCCUUCAAUCUCAGAGCAUUCAGAAGUUAGAUCGGCAACAUCUUCAGUGUAAAUCUGCAGUGGGCCGGCCGAUCCAGUGUGUCCCCUCUCGGGAGGACGGGAGAGGCCGAGCAGGCUCUCUCUCUCUCUAAUCGCAGACUCCGGUAAUCCACUCCCGCACUCCUCCUCCGCCCAGAUGAACUCUGACAGCGGGAGCCAUUUACAACGGCAGGCCUUCCUCCACUCCCAGCGCGCUUCCACAUUAUUUAUUUUGUUUGCGCGCGCAGGAGGGACAGGAGGAAGGCUCAAGGGUAUCUGUGAUCUAAUCAUUACACCAUCUCCUCACCCCGGCGACCCCGCUGCAUCCAUCUCUUCUGUCUGCUCUCUCUCUCCCCUCCACCUCGUCACUUCCCCUCUCUCUCUUUCAUCCAUUCCCUGUCUUGUCAAUUUCUCUUUGUAUUCUGUCCCUCGCCCCGAUGCUCUGUAAGCUGUAACUGCUGUACGUUGGUUUCGGGAGGAGAAUGGAAGAUUCCGUAUAAUAAGGAGGGAAAGAGGCGGUCUGAAUUCCUGAUGAACAACCCCAGCAAAAUAAGGACCGUUUUUUCUUUUACCGCACAGUGAAAUGAUGCUGAUUAGAGAAGGAAUGAGACACUGGCUCUCACCACUGUUUUCUCUUCAGAUAAUGUGCACUGUGUGCAAAGACCAUGUCCACACAUGGAGGCUUACAGCCUGUACGUGUGGAGGAACAAUUCAACAGGAUUUAGGUCUGGGCAAGUCUUAGCCCAGCAGGGGGUUUCAGGAUUCAAUCAUAUUAAUAACCAGCAUAGAAGGACACAUGUGAAGCAAUCUGAACGGGAACAUAACACGACCCAUACAUGAAGAACAUAUGUCAUACAAUCCAUCCUCAAUCCUUUGAAAGAUCACCCGAACCUGUGUGUGCUAUAUUGCUGCAUCGCUCACUUUGUUCCCAAUGUCCAUGUUCUGUUGUCCCUCUGAAGCCAAAGAUGUACGCUGUACUCACGGUGCGCUCAGCGCCGUGUCUCAUGUAACCACGGUACCCGACCGCUGUGGCCUAAAACUGUGCAAUCUCGACUCUGUAGGGUUACCGUGUAUUGUUGCUGUACCAUAAUGUAAGAUAUGUACAUAGCACAUAAUAAAGAUAUACAUUGCUUCUUCUGA